AUGACAAGGGACCAUCUGCCAGCUGAGUAUGCCACGAUCCAAGUGAUAGAUAAUUUUUCAGAUUCAAAUAAGUUAGGAAUUGGAAGAUUUGGCACUAAGUACAAGGGUGUACUUCUAGAUGAUAAGACAGUAGCAGUUAAAAGGUUGUCGAGGAAAUCAUGGCAAGGCUUGGAAGAAUUUAAAAAUGGGAUCAUAGUUAUUGCAAAAUGUCAGCACAAAAACCUAGUGAAGCUUUUGGGAUGUGCAAUACCAGGCCAUGAAAAGUUGCUUGUUUACAAAUUCAUGCCCAAUAGAAGCCUUGAUUUAUUUAUAUUCAAUUCGAAAAAGUUCAGCCAGCUUGAAUGGAGGACAUUCUACGCUAUUAUUGUUGGUAUUGCUAGAGGACUUCUUUAUCUUCAUGAGGACUCCAAGCUCUAUGGGUUUUAUAAACCUCCUUCCCUAUUUGGCUUACACAAAGGGUGA